AUGGCGACGUCGGCCGCUGCGUUGGAAAACAAGAAAGUUCGGAUACAAACUACGAUAAAUUCCAGUAAACGGGCGCCAGUUACUGUUACCGUAACCGAUUUUGAUUCUUUUGGCCCUAGGUAUCGCUUGAGGGAUUUGCUGUCAUCUGAUAAAAACGAGGAUAAAGAAAGGUAAGCCUUUAAGGACCUUAGUAAUGUUUUUAGCUUACCUAGCCGCAGGGGUUGAAUAAGCUAUCGACCAGUUGCGAUGAUUCUUGUUUGCUAACAAACUCUUAUCUACUCAAGCUUGGGUCCUUAAAUCCGCGGUAUAAUUUGAUAUACUUAAAAACACCGACAUAGCGUGUGUUUUGCCUUUAUUCUGCACUAAUACAAGCUAAUAAGUAGGAAAUAAUCAGCGGCUCGGUUGUCGCCCCCUUACGGCGCUUAAAUUGGAAAGUUGGCCAGUUUUUAAGAAAUUUAAUAUUAAAAGCUUCUAGGUUGAAGUGAUUUACAUGACAUUAUAUUUUUUGUAAUGCUUAAAUAUGAGGGUAUGAGUACAGUAUCGAGAGAGGAUACGCCGCAGAGAUCGGACAAUAUAUUUUUGUUUUGAAAUGUUAAAUCGAGUGCUAAAUUAUCGUAUCUGAUGACAUAAGCCUAAGCUUAAAUAUUAGUUACUUUCUAUGACCAACGUUUCUUUUAUUUCUGCAAAAAGAAGUUCAUUUUAAUAAUUCUAACUGAAUUCCUCAAAACAACUAAUUUUAAAAAAUGGCUAAAAUAGAAAAGGAAUUUUUUAGCGCGAUAAUAUAUGCAUAUUUCACCAGCUGUUGUCAAGACUUCUUACUUUUAGUCGCUGCCUUAAUUCAAUUUAAAACGUCUGUGGGCUGAAAAUGUGAUAUUCAACUGAAUAAAGAACUAAGUCUAUCUCUAUCCCUAAUUAACAGUUUUGCUUGCUAAGGUGUAACGUGGGAAAAUUUCACAAUUUAUUUUUUUGCGUUACAGUACAUUGGGCUUUGUAGUUUUUGUUGUUGAUGACAAUGCAAUACAGUUUUGGAUAAUUCGGCUUUGUUAUCAUCAGAUGGUGGCCAGAAAAUAAAACCUUGUUUAUUCUGCCAGUGAGCAAGAUGAAGCAAAUGCUGCAUUCUGUGUGGCUACCAUAGUGAGCCUUGUGUUUUUUUCAUUUUUAUUGAACUCAUUUUUUCUCUAUCUAUGGGAAAAAAAAUUCCAGCCAUCUUGACCUUGGUCAAUAUUGCAUACGGUCAAUCCCCGUUGGACACUGACGGGGCAAUGGAAAAAGUCUGUAUUAAGCGGUUUGAAUUUAGAGAAAAUAUAAGCUAGGGCUUUCUUUCCUCAAGGACAAAGCAAACUGUGUGUAAUAAUAAGGUGUGGAAAGUGUUUAUGACCAGCAAUGUUUACACAUUUAUUGACAUCACUUUAAAUUCUUUUCCAAAACAGUUAUACAGUCAUACUAUCUGCAAUCAAUAGAAGCAACCUCAGUUGGUGAAAGUUGAUACUAAAAAGUUUAAUUAAGUUACUUUUAACUGAUACCAAAUUAAACUGUAAAAGUGCUGAUUAUGGCUUUAACACAAACAGCAAGUAUAACCUUUUUAUCUUGUAAAAUGUUUUACUUUUCACACUUGUAUUUUCAUAGGAGACUUCAGGUGUCAUUAACAUUGACAGUUUUUCUAUUGUAGUGUUUCUGAGAUAACAUUUUAAUUUCACAGGGUGCGUGUUGAACACUACGUUCGCGACAAGUCAUUUAAAGAAAGACUUAAAUUCUAUUUUGUGACUGAUCAAAGAUCUAGUAAGUUGCUAUUAAUGAGUAGUCUUUUUCUAACAGUAACAUAACAACACACUGUAAAACAUAUAUUAAACAAGGACAUGUAUCUUUUCAAAUAAUAAAUCUUUGUUAUAACUUUUAAAAAAAUAAUUGUAUUCAAACGAUUUGUCAGUGUAACUAAUCAGGGCUAAAUUCAUGAAAACAUUUAAGCUUUUUAAUGCCAAUAGUUUAAUUAAGAAAAUGUGAAUAAUUUUUUUUGGAAAUGAUCUUUACUAAGCCUUAUCAUUUUCAAUGUUAUGCUAAUAUCUUCACAUAUAGGAUCUAUGGUAAAAUAAUUUUUAUAUUUGCAGUCAGAAUAUUGUGAUGAAAUUAGAAAUAGAUAUUAUAAAGUACAUUAUGCUUGGAAAAAAAUCCGAGGCCCCAGUGGGAAUCAAACCCAUGACCUUCCAUACACCGGAAGGACGCUCUAACCACGACUGAGUCAUGGGCAACUCACUUGGUGAGCAGGUUGCAGGUGUUGGGGUAGCCACAGGACUUCACAUCUUCGAGGAGUACACUGGACUAAAGUAAAGCAACACACUGACUCACUUGCAUCAUGCAAGCACCUUAAGAAAGUGUCGUGUACACUUUAACGCCAACCAACCACCCAAGUGUGAUGAGAUCAGAAAUAGAUAUUAAGUACAACUAAGAAAUGCUUGGAAAAAGAUCCGAGUCCCCAGCGGGAAUCAAACCCAUGACCUUCCAGAUACUGGUAGGAUGCUCUAACUAGUGACCUAAACAGACUCCUUCAGUAUACUGUGGGUUGCCAAGUGUGUUGCCCAUAGCUCAGUGGUUAGAGUGUCCUACUAGUAUCUGGAAGGUCAUGGGUUUGAUUUGUGCUGGGGGCUCACAUUUUUUUCUGAGCAUUUCUUAGUUGUUCUUAAUAUCUAUUUCUAAGAAUAUUAAUUACCCAAACCAAUAAACUUUUCUGAAAGGUGUAAUAGUGUUGUUUAUGAUUGCAGCUAAAUUUGUUUACAUUUGUUGCAUGCAAAUACCCUCAAUUCUUCUCUCAUAUGCAAACUAUCACGACUCAAAGUAUUUUUAUAAACCCUAAUAGGUAUAAGAUGGCAGAUAUUUCGCUUUAUGCUGAAGAUAUUGUCAUGUGUACUGUAUGUUGUUCGAAGUGUUCAAGACACGGAACCACAUCUCGCAGGCGGGUAAGUACAGUUAAACAGACUCCUCCAGUAUAUGACACCAAACUGCAGUUCUGGCAAUUUAACCUGUUUAGUGGACAUGGGUAUACUUUUGAGGGUCCAAGGAAGCUACCUAACCUACGUUACCUUGGGUGAAGAGUGACACACUGUUUUACAAGUAAGGGGGUGGGGUAUUUCUUUCUUUAUUAUGUUUCCAUUCCAAUUUGUUGUAACUCUCUCUGUUUGUAUUGCUUGAAGUUUAUCCAAUUUCCAGUACAGGGGACUCUUAUGCCUGGUUUCAUCUCUUGAUAUCAAGGGUGUUGGGUUAUGGGAGGUCAUUAAGGCCCUUUUAAAUACUGAUAUCGAAAGUUCAGUGAGGCAAAAAAAAUCCUUUAUUAUUAGCUAUAGCAUGUAAAUUGUUUUAUGAUAUGUAUUUGGCUAUUUUAAUAUAUGUGUGCCUCAAUAUCAUCCACCAUGUUAAUGUUUUCUGAUAUCAUAUGUUGAUACUUAUUAAUAAAGUAUUGGUUAUCAUAAUUAUUUUAAAGCAGGCAUGUAAUUCAGUUGACUAUACUCAGAAAGUGUGGUUUACAGUAAAAAACUCAAUUUAUCUUAAUAAUCUCUUUAAAACAAGAAAGCUGUAAAACUGCUGUUAAUUUCUUUAAGGUGAAGGAAUUAUGAAAAGUUUUUGGUAUGUAUACAGUGUGAAUAGAUAUUAAUAACUUAAGUGUUGUUUCAACAGUUAUGGGUGUCCUGAUAACAGAACUGUUAAUCCGGAAUGGUCUUGCCCUGAAUUUGAGGAAAAUGCAUCAGAUUAGUGAGUUAUUAUUUUGUUUUUCAAAAAGUUAAAGAAAGUUUUUAUUUUCACCUUCAACACAUACACAGUUUACCUUCAACCUUCCUGCCAAUAUAUGUAUGGGCAAAACAUUUCUAUAACCAGUUGUCCUUACAUAUUAUUGUUUCCAGUUGUUUUCAUCCAUGAAUAAGCUAUAUUUUUGGAGAAAUACCCUAUUUAUUCGAUUAACCGCCCUGGGCGCUUAUAAAAUUUUUGGACCUUGAGAAUGGGCUCUUAUUCGAGGUGGGCGCUAAUUCGAGUGCAGUGCAGAGUAACCACUGAAUGUUGAUCGUUAACAAACAUUGUGCAAUUUUUUCAACCUCUAUUAGGCGAACACCCUCUAUUAAUAUUAUUAUAAGUGGACACUUGGGAAGGUCCCGAAGGUGUCCGCUUAAUAGAGGUUUCACUUUAUUAAGGUCUGGUUUUGUUAAUGAAGAUUUGACCCUGGCUGUUGUAAUUGCAAUUUAAGCAUUGCAAAUUAAGCCAAAAGAAAAUGGCUUCAACAGAAUUCAAAUCCAUGGCCUCUGGCGCAUUAGCACUGUAGUGCAGUACCACCUGAGCUGUAAUUUAGACCUAUACAUUUGGAGCGGGCUAGUUUUUUGACUUCAUCUUAACCCAUGAAGGGAGUAAAACAUUGAAUGGUGCAGUGUUCUCACCAGACUGCUCCAUUGCGGAAUUCAAGCAAUAUUUAGUGAAAUGGCAAACUUAAUUUUUGGACCUUGAGAGUGGGCUCUUAUUCGAGGUGGGCGCUUAUUCGAGGGUGGGCGCUCAUUAAAUUUUCACCAUUCUCACCAACCGUAGUAGUAUAUUUUGCAACAAAACAGUAAAUGCUAAUAACAAGAAGCGAAGGUGUAACAAAGCAAGGUUUCUGUACAAUACCCUGAAGAAAACUCCGUCUUCGGGAGGUUCUCUUAUUAUCUCUCAUUGGAGUUUUUGUGGGCGGGAGUGGGGUGGGGGGGGGGCGCUUAUUCGAGGCUGGGCGCUAAUUAACUUUUUCUGCCUUUAGAAUAGGCGCUUAUUCGAGGUGGGCGCUAAUUCGAGGUUGGGCGCUUAUUCGAAUAAAUACGGUAACAUAUUUGGUGGAACCGUAUCUAUUAGCACAAAUUGUUAUCUUAUUUACAGUCAUGAAUGGUCUUUGCUCUGGGUUCAUAGACCCUUUCCAUUGUGGGUUGUCCAGGUAAGUAUCACUAGAAAAGUCUUAUAUCUAUUUCGUCAAUAUUAAAAUGUUUGUAGAACCUAUAGAGCCACACUGGUGUACAACCUUGGGACCCUGUCAGAUAUUAGAGUACAGUGGGUAUUUGUUACUGUAAAGGGGCCUAAAAAAUAAUACCAGUACUUGGUUGCCAGUUGGGCCAGUUUUUAUCUUUACUCUGUACUUCUCAAUAGUGAGACUUUUGUAUUGCAUUUGCCUAUUGGGUGACCAAACUUGACCUUUAUUAAAGUCCAGAAAUAAUUGCAGAAAAGAAUUGCACAUGAAAGCAGCCCUAUCCAGUAAUAGUGCCCCCAUUAUGUGUUUGUUUCAAAAAUAAAGUAAUGUCCCUAUUAAAGAUGAUACUAAUUUGUUAUGAACCUCUAUUGAGCAGUCAAUGUAACCUCCAUUGAGUGGUCACUGGAGAUACCCUGAGGGUGGCCAUGCACUUAAUGGAGGGUCAAUUGUAGUAUGUGGAUUAUAAGAUAUUUUUGGAAUUCUGGCAGCACGCCACAACCCAGUGCCACAAAAUGGGAUGUAAACAAUGACGUCUCUUUUUAUGCAACAGGCAUAUACUAUAUAUGUAACCAUAGUCUGGUAAACAGUAACUGUAUUUUUUUCUUCAGACAGUCAUUGCAGUUUACAGCAUGCUGGAUGCAAUCCUACUUAGUUACUUAACCUAUAAGGUAUUAAAACUGUUGAAUGUCAUUCUACAAUACAGUAAAACCUCUAUUAAGCGGACCCCCAAUGAAGUGGACACCCUCUUUUAAGUGGACACUAAGCUGGGUCCCGAAACGAACGUCUGAUAUUUCCCUUAAUAAUGAACCCCUAUUCAGUGGACACCUCUAUUAAACGGACACGAACACUAAAAUAAGUUGUAUUUGGCUGAUUUCUAUUGUUAAAAACCUCUAUUAAGCAGACACUGGACUAAGUUGACAAUAGUAGUAUUGGAUUACGUCCUUGAAAUACGUACUGAAGUCAGUUAAUGUUUUUGCAUUUACAAACAAAUUAAAGUUGGUAAUGAAAGGCAAUGAACUUGAACUCUGGAUAGCUUCUUUAACAAUAUGCAACUUUAUCAUAGUACAGAGUAACCACUGAAUGUUGAUCGUUAACAAACAUUGUGCAAUUUUUACAACCUCUAUUAGGCGAACACCCUCUAUUAAUAUUAUUAUAAGUGGACACUUGGGAAGGUCCCGAAGGUGUCCGCUUAAUAGAGGUUUCACUUUAUUAAGGUCUGGUUUUGUUAAUGAAGAUUUGACCAUGGCUGUUGUAAUUGCAAUUUAAGCAUUGCAAAUUAAGCCAAAAGAAAAUGGCGUCAACAGAAUUCAAAUCCAUGGCCUCUGCAUUAGCAAGUGUAGUGCAGUACCACCUGAGCUGUAAUUUAAUGGACCCAUACAUUUGGAGCAGGCUAGUUUUUUGACUUCAUCUUAACCCGUGAAAGGAGUAAAACAUUGAAUGGUGCAGUGUUCUCACCAGACUGCUCCAUUGCGGGAUUCAAGCAAUAUUUAGUGAAAUGGCAAUUAAAACUUAAAAAGUCUUCAAGGGCCCUCAGGGCACAGAACUGCAGCAACUGUUAAAAAAGUCAAUUUUGGUUGUAAAUAAACAGCAGCCUGAAUAAAAUCCACAUUGCAAUUAGAUGGUGAGAUGCAUUGCAAGCCAAUGAUGAAAUGUCUUCUGUUUACUGUAACCAUGUGCUCUCAUUUCGCAGCGCCGUAGCUAGUAUGAGGCCAACCGAGGCACUCGCCUCGGUAAAAUUUUGACGAAUUUCGCCAAUCAUUUUUAUUUUACAUAAGCGAUCAUCGGAUAUUUUUAACGCAUCAUGAUAUUACAAAGAAUUCAGCAAUUCAGUCAAUAUACUAUGAAAAAAUUACCAUAUCAUCAAUCUCAAGGGGCUACGUACGUUAACUCAAAUUUUUUUUGAACAAAUACUGAUCAAAACCAUUGGCGAGGUUAACGGUCACCCAGAUUAGCUUGUGUCUGAUUAUUGGUUUUUAAAUUCCACUUAAAUUAACUCCAAAAAAAGUUACCGAAAGGCCCAGAAAACGCUGCAAAUCGCAUUUCUGAGAGACUAAAGUUCAAAAUUUCUCGGGGGCAUGCCCAGGAACCCCUAGCAACUCCUGCCUGCCUGGGUUGGCCAUUUGGUCUGGCUAGGGCACUGUUUUGCAAGUCCGCCAUCUUGAAUUGUCACAAAUUAAUUCAGUAGUUACGAUGCUUAUGAGCACUGCUUUUGCUGUUUGAAAGUGAAAAAACCUCGUAUUUGACUGCACUUUUCAAUGCUGUAGUUUAAAAAGGAUAUGGCUAUGGAUCUUGAUCGUGACUAAUAAAUAUUCAUGACCAAAUUGGGACCAGAGAAAAAGUCCGGAUAAUCGAGAAAUCCAGGUAAUCGAGGUCCAGAUAAUCAAGGUUCGACUGUACAAGUUUGUUUGAAUUAGCAAUUGUUGUUUUCAAGAAUGCAACUAGAUACAACAGCAUUUAGUGAAAACAAUUGAUUUUAUUCCAGUGUUUAUAGUAUUACACAAAUGUCAGUUAGAAACUUCAAACUCAGAGUUACAUGUAACUCUUCAGUCCCAUGCAUUCUUUCUUUCAAAUGGCCGGAGAAACGUCAAGGCUGGGGGUCAUUGGGCCACAAAUUACAAAAUUCUGGUGAGAACACUGAUGCCAGCUGAAACCUUACCAAAAAGUCUUGUGUCAGUUUUUUCAAAGUUAUCUGUCAGAACUAAAAUCAACCAACUGCAACUUGUUGCUUUUGUUUGUUUUUCUGCCAAUAGACAGAUUUUAUUUCUUCUUUUUCGUGCAAAUAUUUUAAUAUUAUUACUAUGGUUUUUUGAUAAAUCUGGAAUAAACAUUUAACUCUGUUCCCUCUUCUCCAUUAAAAAUGACUUUUCUUGUCCUGAUUAAAAAUUGUCAUGUACAUGUAAUAAAAUGAUGUAAUCCUGAAUACUUUUUCUUCAUCCCAGGGUGGUUCAGUUCUGAACCAAAUUAUACAUACUCGUCUCAUUGCAGAGAUUCUUCUAGGAUUGCCUUUUGUUGUAUCUGUAAGUAGAAAAGGCCUUAAAGAUUUACUAAUAACAGUUUAAGGUAAAAGUUUUGAAAUCUUAUUUUAGUGUGUCAACCAAAUAGAAUAAGUCUCAUCAUUCAAUUCAAAGUAGACAGACUGCAAAUUAUAGUAGUUGCUAAAAAUAUAUCUACGUGUCCCAACUGUUCAUCUUUAGGAUGCCUAAAAUGCGUGCAAUUCCACAAUUGGUUUCGGCUCCAUUAAAUCCUAUACUAAUUGCAGAACAUUUUAGGAGGAGCCACCCACCGUGUGAGCACAGUCGCGGACAACACAUAUAAGUGAGGAAAAUAACGCAAAGCAAAACUAAGACGUUAUUAAACAAACUAAAUGGACACGCAACUUAAAUAAAUAAAUAAAUAAAUAAAUAAAUAAUGCACGCGCACAUGUACCAUUAUACAACUGAAAUAAAAAUCCAAGUAAUAAAGUUAAUGAGCAAUGUAAGGAUACGAUGGUGCAAUUUAAGCCUGGAUUGCUAAUUUCAUCUCCCGAAGAGCUGCACCGUACUUCUCGACGAUAAAACCAUGGCGAUUGACGAAUUUAUGAAAUGAGUUCUGAAGACGAGAUAUACCCUUAAAAUAAUGUACUUACUUUUGAAAUAAUAUUAUUACUUAUGGCAAUUAAAUUAUUUUUUUUUUGCAGAUUUUUUAUAACAGGCUUCACAAUUUAUGGGUUCCUUUGUUUCUAAAUUGCUGGCUUGCUAAGAGUGCACUAGACACUAUGCUUGUGAGUAUGACUUGAUAUGGAUAUCCACUUUGCCUAGCCUGCGAAUGGCAGACGUUUCUCCUCGCUCAUCGCCGCUGAGGGACGUUUGAUGAGGAGGAACGUCUGCGACUCAGUAACAGAAAUUCCAUACUGAUGACGUAAAUCAAUGUUUACGUAAUAAAUUUGGUAGUCAUGGGGUUCCAAAUGCAAAUUUGUUUAAUUUUACGUUUCCCCUGGUCGAUUUUGGUAAAGUGUUGUGUUCAUCUGCAAAUGAGCUCCAGCAAAACUUAAAUGCUUCUUCAAGAGAAGACUAUAUUCCACAAAUAUUGGCUGUUUUGUUAGAGAGUCAUCACAUUUACAAUUGACCUUUGCGGCCUUUUGUCUUUUGUCUGUCAUUUGUAAACAAUAGCUAAAACAAUGAAACUGCUCCGUCAACCAAUUAGUGCUUCUGACUGGAUUCCGGACACAUUUUGCAUCAUCAGUAUGGAAUUUCUGUCGCUGAGUCGCAGACGUUCCUCCUCGUGAAACGUCCCUCAGUGGCGAUGAGCGAGGAGAAACGUCUGCCGUUUGCAGGCUAAACUUUGCCCCCCUGGUACACUUUAACACAUAUCAGUACUUCAGAUACCAAUGAAAUUAUGACGGAAUCCAUCCGCAAAUUGAGUAAUUUUAAUUUUCAGUGGACAAAAACCAUGCACCAGAAUAAGUUAAACAAUAUUACGUUCCUUUAAUUACGUUUUCCAUGGGCUAUAGAUGUAGUUAGUUAUCUGCAAUAAUACCGAAGAAAAUUUCUUAUCAGAGCCCACUGAAAAUUGAAAUUACUCAAUUUCGUGAUGGAUUCUGUCUUAUACUUUUUUUGGCAAAAUUUAACAUGAUUUUACCGCUUAUCCUUGAUUUCUUUGGUUCAGUGGUUUUUGCUCCAUACAAAAUAAUUCUUGGCAAAAAUAUAUUAGAGCGCAACCUUUUUAAAACCCUAGCUGCUUAGGUUAUUAGAAGGCAUGGACUGUUCUAAUAAGAGGUGAACUGGUAGCUUCUGUCAAUAACAACAACAAAUGCAUGUAACUCACUGUUACUGUAUAUUUUAUUGGCAGAAUGAUCUUCACAGAUUAGUUCUUCGUCAGCAAUCUGCACUAUCACAGAAGGUUCUUAUUGUCUUUGGAACUGUCUGUUGCAUUUUAUUUACUGGGUAAGGCUAUCUUUUAACAGAUUAAGCUUUGUAUAAAAAAUGCAUCUAUUUCCAUUAAGAAUCAAAUGAAUCAAAACUUUUCUUCCUAAUUGUUUUUUUAGAUGCAAUGAAUAAUUUUGAUUUAGAUGCAAUAUUUUUAGAGGUCUUACUUGGGUUUUUAAAAGUUUAUUCGGUUAGUAGCUCUCUUUUACAUCCACAGUAGCUCUAUAAUGUGCUCAGCUUUUAUAACACUGUUUCCAUCAAAUGCUAUGUGUGGGGCGUGGGGCAUUUGAAUGUUAACUUUAAACCACUUUAGUGAAUAAGAUAUACGAAACCUUGUAGAUUAAGCAUAAAAUAUAUCUCUGAACAUUAUGUGUUGUCUAUGCACAGAAUAUGCGGCAUUCAUCACCUUGAGAGAGCAGUUCCCGAUCCAUGGAAUUUUUUUGAAUGCAUUUGGUUUAUAGUAGUGACGUUCAGUACAGUUGGUUAUGGGGAUUUCAGACCAGGUGACUGGCCAGGACAGACAUUUGUGAUAAUCAUGAUUGCCUGUGCACUUAUUCUGCUGCCUGUUGAGGUAAGUUGUGGUUAUCAACAUUAGGUUUUUUUGUUGUAAUAUACCUCUACUAACAACCACUAUUUUGACAGCUGACAGUCAAUAUUCACAUUUCUUCAAUGGCCACUACUCCACUACUGUAGCAACCACUAAAGUGCAUGGCAUCUGCCAAAGGAAUCUCUCUGCAACUAAGGGGGAAAAUAAAGGACAGUCAGUGGACAUUGUCCAGCCUACUUUUAAUAACUGGUCAAACUUAAUAAUAAUAAUAAUAAUUUAGAAUUUAUAUGUUUUUAUGACGAGAUGAUCAACUGUGCAUUUAAUUAACAACUAUACAUAGAAUGAAAAUAACUAAAUGAUGAAUAAAAUUACAUCAUGUCUUGUGAAGAACAUUAAAAAAACGUAACUAAGAAUAAAAAGCCUUACUAAAAGGUACAUCUUCACAGCAAGGAGCCCAAAAGUGCGAGCUCCUUUAAUUAAUUCACAUUCUUUCAUGCAGACAUUAACCAAUCAGAAGUCGAGGACAGUGUCCAGCUGGCUUCUGAUUGGAUUAAAUCUACAUGCAGGGUUCGCACGCACCUUGAAAGUCCUUGAAAGUCCUUGAGUUUCAAAAUAAAAAUUCAAGGCCUUGAAAGUCCUUGAAAAUUGCAGUCGGUGCUGUAAAGUCCUUGAAUUUCGGUGCUAACUUUAUCCAAUACAGAUUCUCAAGGUUCUAAAAGGAGCAAACACAGAAAGACCUAUCAGGGUAAAAUUGCUCAUGUUGUGGAAGAACCAAAAAAGACAGACUCAAGGCUCUUUUUUGCACUAAAUGGAGUCCUUGAAAAAUGGGAAAUGAGUCCUUGAAAGUCCUUGAAAAUUCCUUGAAUUUUUUGUUCUAAAAAGGGUACGAACCCUGUAUAUGAAAGAAUGUGAAUAAAUUCAAAGCGGUAACACUUUUGGGCUCCUUGCUGUAAGCGUUUUUGCUAAAAAAUAAAUGAAAAUGACAUGGUUGUGUUAGGUAUUAAGUAAACCUAACUAAGAAUGAAAAACCUCACUAAAAAGAUGUGUCUUUAAUGAUUUUGUCUUGCUGGUCAUGUUGACCAGUCAUUUUCAGACACAAACAAUUUAGUUUCCUACUGCACUAUGUCCAUUUAAUGUCUCGUGUCUAGCAAUUUAAUGCUGUAGUGGUUAUUGACAAAAUGAAAUUUUAGAAUUUUGUACCACCUUUGGCAGUGACUAGGUUAAAUAAUCAAUUAUUGGUUAUAAAACUAAAAUGUCUUGCAAUUUAACAAAAAGAUUGUUGUCACAUUAUACCCCUACUCCCCUACUCCCACAAUGGUGACCUCUGUACAACACCCAUCUACAAUUUUUAUUUACAUCUUCUACAUUUAUCUUUACAGUGGUCCCCUUGAUUUCUUUUUUCUCAGCUUUCGUCAAGUAUGAGCUGUUCAAAAAUUAAUGGAGAUUCAGCCGUGCCAUGAAAAUAGUGACAACCAAAAAUUCUUUUUAAUUUCUGUGAUAGCUGGAGCAGCUGGCUUUCCUUCUGGUCACACGGCAGAAGGAAGGAGGGACAUUUAACCGCAUGCUUGCUGGUUCUGAGAAACAUGUUGUUUUAUGUGCUACAAACCUGAGACCAACCACUUUGAUUGACUUUUUGAAUGAGUUCUAUGCUGAUGUCAAAUUGCAGGUUUGUUUUUUGUGUUAUUUCAAUAGGGGAGAAAUUGUUGAUAUCUUUAAAAAUGUGGAUAACAUAGAUUUAUUUAACUUUAUGAAGGAAGGUGAUCCCAGUUAUAUAUGCAACUUUUGCAGUUGUGAAAAGAACACAACUGCAAAAGUUGCGUAUAUAACUGCGAUGAUCCUCCUUCAUAAUAGUUCUUCACUCCGCAGUUCACAUAUAUGAUUUCACACAUUCAUAACUUCAUCAUCAUCAUCUUUUCACGGGUUUAUAACAAACCAGUUCAAUGACCUGCUUCCAGUUGGCUUGUUAGCCUAAUAGUGGCGGAGCACUGCACCAGUAUCGCCGAGGUCAAAGGUUUGAAUCCCAUAUAAGCCUGAAUUUUUUUCCAGGCUUUGUUCUCGCAACUGCAAAAGUUGCAUGUUGCAUAGAGUGCAAGAGUACAUGUAUAGACAAAAUGAAAAUGUGCCCAUUGCAAAAAUUUUUUGCCAGCCAUCGGAGCAGUUCAUUGUUGAGGGGCCUGGCUGGUCACAGUGGAGGCCCUGUGGCAUCCUAUGUGCCAAUUCUUCAUACACUGCAUUGCUGUAAUGUUAACACUAGUUUCUCUACUUUGUUGUAGGAUCACCAUGUAGUUCUUCUCUGUCCAUCUGAACUGGACAGCACAUUAAGACUCCUUUUGCAGGUUCCUGUCUGGUCUCAACGGGUCACAUAUUUAAAGGGGUCUGCCCUCAUUGAUGAGGAUCUUAUAAGAGCUAGGUUAGUGUUGCACUACUGCAUGUAAAAGUUAAAUUAAAAAAAACGCACAUUUAACCAGUGAGGGGGGCGUAAGGGUUUGCGGUAUUGCGGUAUUGGGUCAUUUUUGGUGCGGUGUUGCGGUAAUUUUUAUUUUAAAGUACGGUAUUGCGGUUUUCAGAGUCCAAGCGGUUUGCGGUAAGUUUAAAUUUUGCGCCGCGGUAGUCGGUGAAAAAAUCGUUGUGUCGCGGUGAUCUGCUUCUUUUUCAUGACAAGAGGAUACAAAUCCUAAAAGGUCUCCCUGGCUAGCCUGCGUGACCUGUGUGCACAGUCGGGGAUUCUAUUGCGCAAACAAUGCAGACAAAUCGUAUGGCUUCUAAUUUCAGUUAAUACUUGAUAUUAUUAACGACAUUAACUUUUUCAUCCAAUGAUACGUAAACAUGUCGCAUUAUUUAUGACUUCAUGGACCUUGUGGGUAUAGUCAGCUUGGUUAACCUCCUUUAUACCAAUGUUACCACCACUUUCGUGCCAGUCGCCAAACAAUAGAGAGCGAUCCAGAGGGUCAACUAAGUGAUCAGUCAGAUAUUCCAGCAAAUAGUGAGGUCAGUGAGAUCGUUAUAAAUUGCGUGGUGUCGAAAGAUAAUCUAUAAAGAUGGUGUGGUCUAAAAAUUACUACUUGUCCUUCUCGUUAGAAUGCAGGAAUAUAGAAUGUACUAGUAUCCGUGUGUGCUUACCCCACGUAGCAUUGUAGCCCGGGGUGGUGGUGGUGAGGGGGGGAACCUCCUGAUAAGAGGCUAAUGAGGAUGUGCCGCUGGAUGGGGUCGCAUUUUCACGACUGGAUUGACUAUAAUGGGGUCGCAUUUUCAGAGAGUUUUUUAGAAUGGGGUCGCACAUUUUCUGCUUUUUUGGGGUAAGACAGUUCUUCAUAUUUACGGUUAGCAAAUAUACCAGAAUGUUUGUAUUGUAGAUGAAAAGUAAAGUGUUCUUCAUUCAAUCUAAAACAAGGUCAAUUCAUAAAAAUAGAAAGUGACGGAAUUGGGAUCGAGAAAAUUAAAUAUUUGUUCAAAUGACUAAGAUGGGGUCUAUAUUUGGCCACAGAAUAGACUGUAAUGGGGUAGGGGCUCUGAGAGGCCAGCGGCACAUACCAACCAAAUAUUAACCCAAAGCACGCCCCCACCCCGGCAUGGCAGUUUUACAUGGUUUUGUCGGCAGCACCACUGUGAGCGGCGCGGCAGCCCCGCCCCAAUCUCCUCGCCCACGCCCACCUUAUUUCGACUUAUUAUUUAGCGCCUAACCAAAUCCGCCAUGCUACGAGGCUAGUGUGUACUGUGUGCCCUUCGAAUCCAAAAAAGGCAGCCCGGUCGUCGUUUUGAAACCCUCAACACAGAACCUAGUUAAUUGUGAAUCUGAAACAACCUUAUAAGAGUCAACUGUAUUCCAUCCGUUUAUGAUCCAGGUCAGUAAUAUAUAAAGUGAUACUAGAAAACUCCUGUUGUAUCAUUUAGUAAACGUAUACAUGUAAUAGACAAAGCUAAACGAGUGCGAUGAUCUUAUGUUUAUCGUACACUUGACAUCGACGCACCUUGAUUUGGAAACGCUGACAUAAAAGUAUUAUUUCUAUUUGAAACGAGGAUUUGUAGUAUUGACAACGUCAACUUUUUCCCAUUUGUAACUGCGGUUUCGGUAUUUGGCUAAAUUUUGAUGCGGUAUUGCGGUAUUCUCGCGCUACCACGUGCGGUAUUGCGGUAUUCGUACCCCCCUUACGCCCCCCUCACCAGUCCAUUUCAAGAAUCUUUCUUUGGAGUUAGAAAUUUGUUUCAUUUUUUGGUUAUUUGUUAAUACUGUAUACUAUUUACCUUUGAAUUUUGAGCUGUUACCUGCCAAGACACAAACUGGUGGACUGUAGCCGGCUUCAAUGCAGUCUUGCCAGCUGUCUUCUCACCACAGGAAUUUUUUUUAUCCACAGUUUGUGUUUAAAAAUGUGAUGUGGACAUAGAAUCAUCAGGUAUUAAUUGUUUUGGUAAAUUGUUUACUUUCAUUAUUGUCCUGUUUUGUCUUUGCAGAGUUGAGGAUGCAGGGGGAUGCUUUAUCCUGACUGAUAGAUAUGCAGACAACAGAGAAGCUGCUGUAAGUGUCUUGCGACCUUGCACUUCAGAAUGAAAUGUGUCAUACUUGUUUUGUAAUAAAUUUAUACUCUAGGCACACAGGGUUGUCAAUAGAAGCUGGCACCCGGCAUCCUAUUUGCUGGUUUUCUCUUAGUUAAUGCUCAAGUCUUUUCUACCUAUUCCUUUCAUCCAAUUUUGAGUUUUCCUUGUCAUAUAUAAUAUUGUACAAAAUAAUCAAAACAUUCAAGACCAAACAAGUAAACUUUCUGGUUCUUCUGUACUUGACAGCUGCCAUAUUUUCUACCAUGUAAACAUCCGUGUAAGUGACAUUCACUCUCGCCCAGCUGUUCAUUGUGAAACAUGGUAAUGACUUAGUCAAUUCCAGUCCUACACAGUUGGCAAUAAUAAUGGCGGCCAAGUGGUAGAAAGUACUAAGUUUUUUGGUUUCAGUCAAUCUGAAGACAAUACCAAGAAGCCUGAAGUUUGCUCCUUUGAUAAAAGUUUUAAAAAACAAAUUGACCGAAUGGGUUGUGUAGUAAUUCUGUAAUAGUUGAAGUCUAAACCAAAAUGGCCUCGAAAUUGCAUAAUUUUCAGAGCUUCCAUAUUUAAAAAUUGUCUUUGUGAACAUGCCUCCAACCCCUCCCCUCUGAGUUUACAGUCUCCCUGUUUGUCACAGCCACCUACUUAAGGUUGGGCAGAUGCCUACUUCAAAUCCUAUUGAGAGCCAAGGGCUGAAAUGCAAGUCUUAGCAUGCUCUGUUAUCAAUGACUAAAUUAUUAUAGCGGAGCUCCAGGCACAUGUGAGGUCGGUGAGAGCGUAGCCCCACAGCUAAGAAAAUCUAUCCGUCCUAGAAAAUUUGGAAAUCACGUGACUGUACACCACCAGACCGAGCAACCAACUGAGCGUCUGUCCGUCCAUACCACAGGCAUACCAAAUGCAACUGACUGAAGGUUAUUUUGGCGAGGAAUUGUAUAGCCACCCACAUGUUGUGAAGCAGAGAAAACUAAAGAGUCAAUAAAGAUGAAAACAAAAGAGAAUGCGAAAACUGUUUCUAUAUCCGUGUUGUCUAAAGUAUUAAACUUAGAUUAAACUUGUUGUGUCCACAAAUUUGGAAUGUAGAGAAAGAGAAAGUAGGCAUCAGGUCAGCAAAGCUUAACGAGAAAUAGAGCAGCAGAGAGCUAGAGUGAGAGAUAAAAACAAAGGAGACAUUUUUUGUUGGAAGAAAUUUUGUAGCGGCGGUGAGAAAAUGAGAGAUGCUUGUGGCCACCAAGGUGACAAUGAGCGGCAGUGAAAAAAAAAGUGAACAAGAAUGCGUAUAACAUUUCCUCCCUAAAACGUGUAACUAGGAAGUUUCUGGAAGUUUCAGGUUGUACUUGUGCAAAACAAUGGCAAAGAAAUGUACCAAAAAAGUGUGCUGCACAUGCAGAAUUGCUUUUUGGCUAAUUAGACCUAUUGUUGUUUUUUCACCCUUCUCUUUGCCUUCACCACUUAAGGUGAUGUUACACUGGACAAUGUUCGCAACAACGAUUUUUAGCACAUUACACAGUGUUACAACAUUGUUGUAUCAUUGUUUCGAAGGUUGCAAUAUUGUUCCAACAUUUGAACCCUGUGUUGUGCUAAAAAUCGUUGCUGCGAAUUGUUUCUUGUAACAUCACCUUUAGAAUUACACGAUUUUAUAUUUUGUUUGAGCAAACGAUAAAUAUUAGCAAGAGCUUGGCUUUUAGCCCUAGCUAAAUCUAUAUAUUAUUGUUGUCAUGUUAAGUACUUGGUUUGUUGUAAAUUAAAACUACAAUAGGAAGAUUUUGUUACUCUCAAUUGUUUACUUCAUAUAGGACAAACAUACCAUUUUAAGAACAUGGGCUAUCCAGGACUUUGCCCCAUCAACACGUCUGUUUGUGCAGAUCCUAAAGCCAGAAAACAAAUUCCAUGUUAGCUUUGCUGGUAAGUGCUAUUUGUGUUUGUUUUAGGACAGUCUAAAGGCAUUAUAGUCAUUUAACAGCUGUAAAGCAUUUCAACAAAUAACUUUACAAGAAUGCUUUAAAAGCAUUAACCCUUUAAGUCCCAAUGGUGACCAACAUCAAUUUUCUCCUAACCAUAUCCAUGGAUCGUCCAGAGAUUAGGUUAUAAGAAUAAAUAAAUUGAUCACUUAAGAGAAAAUGCUUUGAUCUUUUAUCAAAUUCUCUCAACACUUUCUUUAAGGAAAUGUAUAGAGACCAGCUUGGAGAAUUUGUAUGUGGAUAUUGGGGUUUAACGGGUUAAAGUCUUGCUUGCUUGGAGAUAGAUAAGAAGAAAGGUGGCUAUCUCUUCUACAUGAAACAGGAUUCCCUUGUUAAAAGUUUUUCACUUCCUUGACGAUGAUUGAGUCGUGUAUAAAUAAAUGAAAAUCGAGAGAAAUUACAUCAUUGCGAGAGAGAAAAAGUAGUCCUCCGUGAGGACAUAAGCUUACUGGCAAUGAAUAAUCUGUAUGAAGAAACAGGCAGUGACGGGAACCUGUGGUGCGAAGCAUAAACGUUUAAUGUCGUGUGCUACAAGGACAAUUAUUUUCCAGAGAGAAAAUUUAAAUUAUUUAAUAGUUUGUAUCACUCAGUGUACCUUGUUUUCUCAACACCUUUUUUUUUAUUGCCAAUAUGUUUGCCAUGUGUUAUCUGUGGAAAACGUACUAUGUAACAAAAUCAGUAUCAAAUUCCUUCUUGUCGUAAAAACGCUUUAUAAAACAAAGAAUGGGAGGUAGCAGGUAUCGAACACAUUCCCUUCAGCUCCGAAGGUUACGCUUUACAGCACGUAUGGCAAAAUAUGGCAUGUCAUUUCAGUCAUCGCUGAAAUAAACUACAUGCUCAUCACGAGACUCAUUUGCAUACAGUGAAAGUCGUGACGAUUCCUAUCCCCAGUUUCCACAGUCUCCACUAGGAACGCCUGAGAUUAUAUGCCCGACUCGACUAAUAAGGCAUGUUGGUUACCUGCUGUUUUUUACUGUUGCUGGUGUUAGCAGAAAGAAAGAAGGUGGUAGAUAAGUUAUUCAGAACACUGUGGUUCCAAUGUUGUUUUUUUCAGAGCAUUUGGUUUGUGAGGAUGAGAUUAAACAUGCAUUGUUGGCUAGUAACUGCGUCUGUCCGGGAAUCUCCACCUUUUUCACUCUCCUUCUUCAUACACUUCAUGAACAGUAAGUAGCCUUCAAUGGUCAGUGUUUUGACUGAUUUCAAUAAUUAUUGGUUGUACCAUAGUAUUGUUUGUUUCUUUUGUUGCAGCUCAGUAGUAAAGCAUCUGGACUAGAAACCAGGCCUCAGUUUUUUGAAAGGUGGAUAGUGCUAUCCAUUGGAUAAAUCUCUAUCCAGAGGAUAGUGUAGUUGAAUUCCCUUAUACUUAUCUACUGGACAUAGAUUUUACUGGUGGAUAGCACUAUCCAUCAUUUGAACAACCAGGGCCUGUUGGGAAACUGAUUUUUUCUUCUAAGCCACCUGUGUCACAGUUUGCCAAAAAACAUCUUUGUCAUGAACAUUAUGUUUCAAUCAAAGAACAAUUAAUAUUGUCCAUUUGUGCAUUUUCCAAGUAAAAGAGUAGAAUAAUUUGUCCUCUGUUGAUAUUCUCUGAAUCCAUCCCCAGUAGUUGCUGAGGUGACUAAAAUCAGUGCAGGGCUCAUUGAGGAUCACCUUUAAUUAAGAGAGAUGGGAAGUUUCAACUGUAUGUACUAUUAAUAAUUUAUAUUAUGUGACUGCACUGACUACAUUUUGAAGAUUCAGAGAAUGCCAUUGCUAUGGCAGAGAACUCUGGUUACCAUAUGUGUCUACAUACAGUUAGACUAGAGAAGGACUACAGGGCCUGGUUGUUCAAAGCUGGGUUAAAUAACCCAGGGUUAGUGCGAAAUUUGAACUCAGAUAUGAGAGCUUAAAAAGCAAAUUCAGUUUAAUUCUCUUUGCCUACAAGUGGAUGAUUGGAUACUAUAAAAAGAAUAGUGAAAACUAUCCUAGAGAGUGCUUUUGAUAAAAAGAAAAAGAAACCCUGGUUAGCGCUAACCGGUGUUCAAACAACUGGGCCCAGUAUUUUUAGACUGCUCUCAAUCCAUUGAGCCUUUUUAUGUCUCUGUAGUAGGCAAUUUACUCUAUCAACUCAAACUUUUGUGCUGUAUUCAAUACCACUUGUUGCAUUUAAGGCGUGGUUCAGAGGAUUGGCAUGAGAUGUUUGGCAAGUGCGCAGGAAAUGAAAUAUACGACAUUCGCUUGGGUGCCAGCAAGAUGUUUAGACCUUACUGUGGCAAGACAUUUACACAUACCGCCUUUCAUGUUCAUAACAAGUAGGUGGAUGCAUUAAUUUAAUUACUUUUUUAGUGGUUACCAGAAACCUGAGUUUUCGUAGAUGCCAAUCAACUGUUUCCAUGGUUUAAGGACUCGGUUAUUGGUAACUGCUGUAAGUGUUAGUUCAGGGUAUUCAUUAAGUUUAUCUUGGUGGCCCAACAUCACAUAGAAGGAUGUUGACUAGUGAGGAAGUGAUGAUGAAUAAUGGUUUGACUGUCAAUAGGACUGAAAACACUCCCCAAAAAGGCCAUAUUUUUCCUGUUGCUUUUUCGUCAGUAGUUUGAUCAGGAGAAUUUUAUGAAACGUACUGUUUCCUGAGGCAGUUUGAGAAAAUUUUAUGAUCAUUUGUUGAAUUGUGAAUUUGAAUUUGGUUCAUUCAACAUUACAAGAUAUCUGAUCAUAUGUAAUACGCGCUUCUUUCCUGUCAGGUAUGGAGUGACCCUUUUUGCAGUUUGUGCUGCUAAGAAAAGCCGAAGGAUUUUAUUAAACCCUGGCCCCACCCAUAUAAUGGAUUAUGAUGAUCGGUGUUACUACAUUGCUAUCUCAAGUGAAGAAGACUCUUACAUCAAAGCAUAUAAAGAACCCAAGCAGUCCUCAGUGGGCCUCUUUAAAAACAGCGUACGCUACAGAAAUGAUUCAGUUCUAACUGCAAGUUCUGUAGCACUUGAACUGCGUACGGAUGCAGUUGAGCCAGGUGAAUUUUUGUUUCUAGUUCACAAGCUGCUUCUUUUUAGGUAAAGGUGUGUCAUAAUACUUAUAGAUUACAAGCCCAAUACCGUAAACUUCCGCUUAUAAGCCCAUCCACUUAUAAGCCGCCCCCAGUUAUAGGCCCACCUACAUGCAAACAAAAAAAUACAUCCGAUUAUAAGCCCAUCCGGAUAUAAGCCCCCCUCCAGUUUUUCUUGUGUUACAGUUUUAGUUUUGUUUUGAAAUUUAACUGAAUUCGAUUUAUUGCUGCCUUUUUAAGGCUUCAAUUGUAAGAGUAAUAAAUUUAAAUCAUACGUCGAUCAACAGUGCUGUUGCUCAUUUCGAAACGUUUUUUUCGUCCGCUUAUAAGCCCAUCCGGAUGUAAGCCCCCCGUUUAUAAGCCCACCCAAAACCCCUUACGAACUUGUAUAAGCCCAGGGCUUAUAAGCGGCAGUUUACGGUAUACUACUUAUUAUUAUUAUUAUUAUUAGUCAGGAAAAAACAUAAAUUUUGAGAACCACACUUAGUUUGCAAGCUCAUUUUACAACAACAACAACAACAAUCUUUAUUUGUACUCACUCUUGCUCAAAAAUAAAUUCGACCAUGAAAAUAUUAAAAGUAAAAUUAGAGCACUGGCUGCCUUGAAUAACCAUGGGGGCUAGCGGAGCCAGGCAGCCAGUUGACAUCAGCGUUAAAUAAAAUAAAAUUACAGGUCAGCAAGAAAACUGAAGCACAAAUGCACACAUAAAAAGAAAAAGAAAAAAAAAGGGAGAAGAGGGAAAACGUUAUUUGUAUGCUAUGAAGGAAGUCUAAAAUAGUUACAAGUUAUCUUCUUGCCAUCCUUCAUGAUACUGUUUCCUAAGUCACAUAAAAGUUAAAAACUUUUUCUGAAUGAAGGUACAAAUACUCUUUUAAUUAAUGGGGUGCCUGUCUCCAAAUAAACUACUUAACUUUGACCUUACAUGUCCCUUGUGUUGUAUGUUCUUGUCAAAAAAGUGAACAUUUGAUGGUCACUUUGUUCACUCCUUUAAUAAUAAUAGGCAAUAAUAAUAUUCAAUGAUUAUUUCCUCCAUAUCCUUCCUAUAUUUGAGUGUUACAACAAUCUGAAUAAAAUUGGUAAAGCAUGUAUGGCUCAAGGAGGCUUAAAACCAUGAUAAUGAAACACUUUCUACGUUAUUAAUUCUGAUAGACUUAGUGUUUUUCAUUAUAGUGAGCCUGAAAUACCUGGAUGAAGCUCCUGCCAAUGGUGUUGAUCAUGGUAACUCCAAUGAUCAAAUUGCUCCCUCCUCCUCAAGACUCAAACCAGAGCAAAGUGAGAGAUCUCCUGGGAAAAAAGGAGUUACUAAGGAAGUUAUGUUUGAUAUAGGAGACUCCAGAAGGUCAUCAAAUUCAUAUGUACCAAGUGAAUCUGAUUUAGAAGAUGAUGAAGAGUCUUCACAACAGGAAAUGGAUUUGCUUGAUGAUACAAGUAGAAUACCAAGGUACUUAUAAAUAUUAGGAUACAGGCAACUCUCUCUAAAAUAGACGCCUUUUGGAGAUGUAUUAAGUGCCCUAGAGUGAUGUUCACCUGAUAAGAGAGUCAAAUAAACAAAAUAAAGUGAGGCAGGGACCAACUCUAAGUGUCCCUUGAGAGAUAGUUCACAGCAUCAAGUAUGCAGGCCUUGGCUUCCUUCCCUUCCCCUUCAAAAGGUCAGUGAGCUAAAACUGAGCAUGGUUGUCAUGUCUCCUUUCCUAUUUACUACAGCUCUUAUGAUCUUUGUCAGUGGGAUACCCUUAAGAGGUUUUUUUUUUGGGGGUCUCUGAGUGGCUCAAUGUUGAAGUGACAUCAGUCAGGAGCUUGGUAGUUUUUCUUUGUGUUUGUGCAGGGUGUGAUCACUGAUUGAUAUGAAAACAGUUGAACGGUACUUAACACCCAAACCACAACACAUUAGCUAAUCAACGAAGGUAUCGAUCUGCAACUCCAAGAAACACCCAGGAGCAAGAAGCACUUUCCAGUUGUUGUGUGAUCCUAGUGUUAUACACCUUACUGAGUCAUUAGUUAAACCCACACUAUUCUGUACAUUUUCUAAUUCUAAGGAGAAGUAAGCAAUGGCCAAAAAAUAUAUAUAGAUAUAGCGGAAUCCACAUUAUUAUCACUACACGUGGCCGAAUGACAAACUGCCCUCUCUAAAACGCUCCUUUUCUUUGGCCAAAUGGUAAAGUGCGGGCUUUAAAUGAAAUUGCAGCCUGCAACGUGAUUUCAUGAUAAACAAUCUUUCCUCAUGAAAUAAAUUUGUACGAUUUGACCUUGUAUAUUGAUAAUAAUGAUAAUCACAUGACUUUUGCCGGGAAUAUAGUUUAUUUGUGUCAAUCCCUUGUAACAUCAUUUGCACCCUCGCAAUGAUGCUACUCAGGCCACAAAUAAACUGUAUGCCCUCCAAAAGUCACGUGAUUGUCCUACUGUCCCUUAACCUGUUCCAAAAUUUGGAAUAUUUAAUAUUUAGUGGAAGAGUGAAACUGUGAUUGUUCUUUGUUUGUUUCUACAGUUAUAUGGCUGGUGCUCCACCCUGCUCUCUUUACAUAGGUCACACACCUAUCAAAUGCCAUCUUCUUAAGAAUCCUAAGAAAGCUUGCUGUUUGGGACUUAGAAAUGAGGUCAGUUUCUUAAGAGCUGAGAUAGAAGGAAAAGGAGGAGGUGCAUUCUGUUCUUGAAUAGGCUUUUUGUUAUUUGGGUUAUAAGUGUUAAUUCUCUCCCUAUUGUAAUGACAUGCAAAACCAGAGUAAGUUUAUUUUGUAUUUAAUGUAGAAACUCAAAUUUGAAGUAAUAUGUUAAAUUCAAAUUGAAAGGGUGGAUCAGUGUCUAAUGAAACACCUUCUUUCUGAAACCAUAAAUCAAUAUAUUAUUGCUGAAGACAUUUUGUAUUUGAAUGGUCACACCCUGUUUCAUCCAGAGAUUAAUAAACAUUUUCCCUUACUUUACUGUUGGAAAUAGAGCUAAUGUACUAUUUGCCUUUCUUGUUUAAGGCAUGUUUAGACAGGGAUCUCAAUGACAGUGCCCACUUACAUCAGAGACAGCAUGGGGCAAUCAUUGUUGCAUCUCCUGUAGCUGAAGCUGGUCUUUACAACUUCAUUCUUCCUUUGAGAGCAUACCAACGUCCCAAGUGUACCCUUAAACCUAUAGUACUUCUUCUUAAAGAAGAGUGAGUAGCAUGUUGUUUAUAUAGGACGAAGGCUAUUAUAAAUCUACACAUUAAUGGAAAGAAAAAGAAAAGAAAACAGAAUAGUAAUUGAGACAUUUCCAUGGAGUUUGUAUGCAACUGGUAGUGCUGCAAUGGUACACUGACGCAUUGGUGAACCAUGAUAUUUCUUCCGAUGUCAUACAACAACAUUUGUCCUACAAGCUACAUUGAAAAGUUUGGAAAAUUGCCGUCUUAAAAUUUAGCCCUUGUUGCAUGAUUCAUUCAUUCAUUCCGAAAACAGAAUAGUAACUAAGACAUUUCCAUGGAGGAGUUUUUAUGCAACAGUUAGGGCUGUAAUGAUACGCUGACGCACUGGUGAACCAUGAUAUUUCUUCCCAUGAUACAACAACAUUUAAACAAGAUUUGUCCUACAAGCUACACGACAAGCAGGGUGCAAGGAAAGUCAGUUUUACAGCCUGCCAUUCGGGCAAGCUCUAGCUAGCAUGUACUAGCCCGCAAGUCAUUUCAACUAGCCCCAAAACCCUUUUUGAUUAGCAGGAUUGAUUAUAAUCCUUGUAUAAUUUGAAUUUCCCCAAAAAACAGUCCUUGCCCGUCGGGCAAGUUUAGAACAAAAAUCGCUAGCCCGAUAGCAAAAUCCACUAGCCCCGGGCUAUCGGACACGACUUCCUUUGCACCCUGACAAGUUUGGAAAAUUGCUGUCUUUAAUAUUCCUUACCCAAGCUCAAAAUUUUAACCCUUGUAGCGUGAUCCAUCCACCUAACCACCCACCAAUGUAUCAAGUGUAUCCUGCAGCUCUUUAGCCUCCCACGCAGACGUUCUUAGGGGUUCGUCACGCGUAUCUAAUGAUGGGAUUGUUAGAACUACACUGUAUCUCUCUGGAAUUUAUUAGGCCAGUGCACAUUCUACUAGCAAUAUCAUGUUUCGUUGCAGACCAAAUGAAGAUUUCUUAAUGGCAGUUCGUCAUUUCCCUAUGCUCUAUUAUAUGGUAGGAACUAUAAACAGGUAAGAGAUUAAUAGUUCUUAAUGGAUGCCUUUGACAAGAGCAAUUAAACUGGUGAUAUUUUAAUAUGACAUAUAGACAGCUAGCAAGCUCUCUAUUUAUGGCAAGUGAGGCUAGCCGUGAAAGAAUGCACAAGUGAGUGGCGACGCCGCAUGGGGCGGAGGACAGGAGAGCUUGCAACAAUCUCUUACAAAUUUUCACUUCUGCUUCGCUUAGACAAAGCAAAAUACGACUGGCUGAAAAAUGAGGCACCAUCAAUUAAUUUUGAUUGAUGUCAUUCCUCGCCAAAAUCAUUACCGCAACCUCGUUCCCAGGGUUCCCUACUACCCGCCCUACGGGUAGGAGAGAACCCUGGGAACGAGGUUGUCAUUACCGUACAUUUAGAAACAUGAUGCUUAUGGAAAUUGGGAAUAUUAUGAUCGCUGCUUUCUCCGGCAAAGAACAAGAUCGUUCUUUCCCUCUGUGAUUGGUGAACGCGGAUUUUCUUAGGACUGUGCAGCUGAAUAUUUCACCGUGCUGUUUGGAUUUCAACUCCAUGGAAUAUAUAAAGCAGCAAAUCAGAAGGCCAAGACGGGGUUGCCAGGAAAGCAUUACGAUACCUAAUCUCAUUGUGUUUGUUGUGUUCAAACGUUUUCCCCCAACGAAAUCAGCUGAUUUCAAAUCCAAGUGCAUAUGUUUAAGAUAGAUCUCCUCAAGAAAACGAAAACCAAUGCAGUGGUGGAUAAACAUUUUUCUUCUGACACAGUGGAAAGUAACAAACGCAAUCUUUGAUGACGCUGAAAUUUAAACAGAAUGCAGCAGCUUUGCAACACCUAUCCGCUGAAUUCAAUGCAUACUGUUGGUCCGACUCAGCUUGUAGGCUACAAUCCAGACCAGAAGGUCCAGACCAAUAUAGUCUUCUUUUAGUUUUGUCAAAAUUGUGUAAUAUUUUGCUCGGGAACGCUAGCAUAACUGGCGUGUUUGGCUUGGCCUGAUGCGGGUAACUGACAGACGGCUGACACAUUUCUUGUGACAGCUUUUGCAGUUUCCUGUGGUUUCCGGGGUGGAAAUGGAAAUUUAUGAGCGAUCGUUGCAAGCUUUCCCUUUUUCCCUGCCUCUGGCACUCGGGCCUCCUUUUGGGCGCUGCUGUCGCGUGACUUCUCACGACUCCCCCAAAUGAAGGGCUUUCUCGCAGGCUAUAUAUACUCUCACUUCAAGAAUAUCCCAUUUAAAAAACAAUCAAUGUUAUUUCUUUGUAGUUUGGACGACCUUCUUAAAGCGGGUUGUCUUCAUGCUGACAGCAUAGUCGUGGUAGGCUAUCGGUCCCAUGGUCAGAUCUAUGAUGAAGAUCACAUGGCAGAUGCCACUACUAUAGUAGAUGUACAAAGCAUUUACAGGUACACUUAGUAUUCCCAGUAACCCAUUAUGACAGGCCCAUUCGUGAGCCACAGCACACAAGAGUGCUGUUAGUCUCACUGAUGUUCCCCUCUUUGGCAAAUCCCUAUGAUUUUGAAGUAAAAGAGUCUGACCUAGAUUAAUUUGGCGUUUGGAACGAGAUUUUACAUGAAAGGAAAAAUGUGGCCUUUUGGACAAAACGUCUUGUAACAAACAUACAUUAGCCCCAGCUUCUUUGGCUCUUUCAUUCCCUAAGUCCACAGUUUGCUUUCUGCUCAGACAGAGGUUUGGAAGUCAAAACUCUUUAUCUCACUUAAAUGUGGAGGUGCCUCACAGAGGCAGUUGCUCUCAUAUACCAGCUGCUCUGCUUGAUAUGUUUAAAAAAUCUGCGUUUCAGUGAUAUUGUUACUAAUAGAAUUGAACCUUUUUACUGCUGCGUUGCUGAACCAAAAGUAACUGGAGAUGACUAAACGAUGAUUAGAAAAUGAUUAUAAACUUGUUCCCUCAUGAGUGAAGCGUGCAUGCAUGCAGACAGAUGUACUCUCUGAAUUUUUCUCCAGAUGCUUUCCGAGAGCAACCCUGAUUGUUGAGCUAACACAUGCAUCUAACAUGCGUUUCAUGAAGUUCAAUGCAGACUUGUCACUUACACCGGAAAUGAAGAGUGAAUCCAUGAGCAACUUCAAGACACGAAGCUUCAGAGAGAGUAUGAAGGUGCAAUUUUAAAACUAACCGAGUGUGCUGACAAUGUGAUCAUUGUGAAAAGUGCUGCGAAAAGUGUAUUUUGUUGUUCACACAAUUGAUAUAUAUUUUAUUAUAGAGGCGAGUUAAGCAGAAGGACCAUCUCAACUACAUGUUCCGAGAGCCAUUUGCUGCUGGACAUGUGUUUAGUAUGAGCAUGCUUGACACUCUUCUCUACCAGGUACUUAUUUUCUUAGGACUAAUAAAGGAGCCUGGUCUUAUUAUUAUGCCAUGAAAUGCAUGUCUGAAAAUUUUAUAGUCCUUGCUGUUGUGUCUAGCUUGGUUUCAGUUCACAUCAGCACAACUUACAUUCCACUAUUAAAAAUACCUCCAUUUAACUGGGCUGUAAAUUAGUGCAUGCUCGGCUAUUGUAUUUUUUCAAAAUCAAUUCACACAAGCCGGUCAUCAGUUCCACAAUUUGACUGGCAAGUGCAAUGGUCGCUCUUACGAGGAGUCAACCAAUUCCUGCUUUGUAAAAAAAAAGUGUAAUUUGUUUACCCACGAAGCACGUAGGAGUUCUUAUGCGUUCCAGAUCGAAUUGGAAUUUGGAAGUGUUGGUUCUUGAGGAGAGGGGAAAACCAGAGUGCCCGGAUAAAAACCUCUCGGAGCAAACUAAUAAACCAACAACAAACUCAACUAACAUAUGGCGUCAGUGCUGGGAUUUGAACCGGGGCCACAUUGGUGGGAGGUGAUUGCUCUCACCACUGGGCCAGCCAUCCUUGCUCCCCAGACAGUUCUGGUAUGCUUGAAUCCUUUUGAACUAUGCUACAUGUGAUCAGAAAUGAUUUGGAAGUCUGAUUGUAUCUGGAAAUUCAGAUUUGCUGUUUUGCUUUGCAGGCAUUUGUGAAGACAUACAUGAUCAAAUUGGUUAGACUGAUGUUAGGCUGUGAACAGGCUCCGGGUUCAGGAUACUUGUCUUCGGUAAGGAACACAAUUCUGUAGUUAUGUUACAGAGAAAACUGAUCAAAGAGACAGUAAAGUGUAACAUAGAACAGAGUUGGAAAGCUCAUUAUUUAAUCAUGUGUUACUCUCUCUUAAUCAACUGUUGAUUUACUUACAAGAAUUAUCAUAGAGAGGUAAAAGCAAAUCUUGCCAUGUGGACAUGCGGCAAUCUCACUUUCUCCCCUCAGAUGGGGUGCUUUUUUUCUUUCAAGAAGGACAUGAUUUCUAAAGAGGAACAGGCAAAUGUGUGCCCUUGUGGUGUGGAAUUUUGACACUAAUAGCAUUGAAAAGUGAAAAUUAUGCAAAUCAGAGGUUCUUUCUUAUCACUAUUUGUAAUUUACUUUUUUUUCUGAACAUGAUUUCAAUUUUCCAUUGUCACAAUAUUUCUUCUCCAUAUUACCCUUUUGAGUUGAUGAUGAAGAUGAUAAAGUUUAUUUAUACACAGUUAAAAUAUCAGUAUAAUAAUAGCAAAUAAUUUAAAUUCUCUAUAAACUGUUUCACAUAUUUGCUGUGUGGGAGUACUGAUUAGCAAACCUAGAGUGAAUGUUUCUCUUAAAGUACAUCCUCGGGAAGGUUGUUCCAUAAGUGAGCACCACUGUAACUAAAGGUACGCUUGAGGUAGCUUGAGGCAGCUGGCUAAAACCUUGCUUUAACACCGCAAUUUUGUAGUGAUUUUUUAACUGUUGCGACCACAGGUAGCCCAAGCUCAGUGUGAGAGUCUAAUCUUUAAUACAUGUGGUUUCAUAUUAAUGUGUAAUCCUUAAAAUGGCCGUGAACAUAAGAAGAUAAAUACUCGCUAGGAUUUUAAAAGAAAUAUCCACCUUACCUUAUUUAGUUUACUUGUUUUUGCCCGCUGUGUGGUUAUUUUCCCAAUCCAUUGCGAUGUAAGCAAUUUCCUUUAACCCCGAGUUUCCACUUUAAGAGAAAGGACAAGGCUAUACAUUCCAGUUCGGGAUGCCCGAUGUGAGAGGCGAAAAAUCCUUAGCUUAAAAUGUACAAGCAGCCUCAAAUCCAACACCGAAUCUAAGCUCACGAGGUUACCACACUGUCACUUGUCAUCGUUUGAGACAAUGAUGUCAUCGACAAUUUUUGUUUCGAACCCGGCUCCCCUUGAGUUGUUUGUAGACGAGACAGGGUUACACAAGCGAGUUUUCAACGGUCUUGUGUCAUGAUGAACUUGUACUCGGUUCUUUGUCGUCCUUUUGCUUGGAUUUUUGAAAACAAACUGCCGCUUAGCGUUGGUCGCAGUGGCCGGAUUGCUUGGCUAAUGGGGUGAAAUGAAACAAGCCAGGGCUCAAAGUUAGCGACUAACUGGUCGCAUAUGCGAAUUCAUGUGUAAUCGCACCUGUGCGCUGUUAAACCAAAAGCACAGUGCGACUGACUUACUUCCGACUAUACUUACGAACUCAAACUAGAAAGACGGUGUAUGUUUAAUUGGUCUUUUCUCCUAAUGGAUUCUACGAACUCGAAUGUUCUUUUUCGUUUCGAUGUUUUACUCCAUCCCAGAUUCUUCUGUUUUGUAUUAAACACUGCUGACACAUGCAAAUAUAUGCUACGAAACACGUACUUUUUGCGCAAUGGACAAUCAUGUCGAAUGUUCAGUUUUAACGUCAAUCAAAACAAAAACAGUGUGGAUUAAGAGCCUUUUUUUCCAGGUAAGAAAGUUUUUAAAGUCGUAUUUCAGUUACAUGUAAGUCAUUGCGCAUUUAACACAUUCAUUAAAGAUUAAUUUUCAUUCUCGUUCGACACACUCAUUGUUGUCAGUUUUGAAUUGUUUUUCAAGUGUAAGUUUUCUUUAGUCACAACUGUGCUGUCAAAAAGAGAAAUUAGUAUUAGAAAUCACAACGGUACUACUGCGUAGCAAAUCGGCUGUGUUUUAUCAAUCACAGGACUGAAGUAAAAGUAACAAACUGAAGAUGACAAAUAAACGUGGUACUGUUAAGCUUUUUACUUUUUCUUUUGAAAUAGAUGCUCCUAACAUUAUAAGCUGUGCUCCUAAAAUUUUCAGCUGUACGCCUAAAAUUUCGGCAGUGCGCCUAAAAAUUUACAUCUGGUAGCACAAGUGCUCUGAAACUCAAAUUUAAACUUUGAGCCCUGCAAGCUAAGGAUUUUUGUGUAUUUUAACUGCAGUGAGCAUGGAAACAAAUGGCCUGACUCGCUUAAGCACACCAGUGCUUGAGGAGAUGUUUUUUUAGAUGUCAGGUAUGUGGGCCUUUCAAGAGAGAUUAUCAUCAAUAUUAAGCCCAUUCUCAGAGUUGUUUUCACAUUAUAUUUCCUUCAUGUCAGCUCAAAGUGAGAGAAGAUCAUAUCUGGAUAGAAACCUAUGGAAGACUGUUCCAGCGACUUUGUUCAACAACCUGUGCAAUUCCUAUUGGUCUUUACCGGACUCGUAUUCCUGAGGUAAGAACAGGAUAUUUCCUGCCUUGCAUUGAGACAAAGAAGUAUCUGUGGAUGGACCUUAAGUUAAGAAUAAAGAAUAAAGAUGGUGCCUACCUCAUCUGGACAAGAAACUAUUAGUUUUGCCUGUAAAUGGGUUUGUCAUCAUAUAAUUGUUUUUUAAAACUUUGAUAUUUAUUAAACCUGCCAGCCACCUAUCCCAUAGUCAGUGAUGACAGUUGGGACACCACCGAUUACCUGGCAAAUGCUUCCCUCCAUUUGACCUUGUUCUCACAAUCUUAUAGAGGAUCGUUGGACUUAAAACGUGUCCAUUCCAAGAUAUUGUAGUCCAUCAAAACAACAACUAUGCAUGUGGAGCUCACUUUUUAGCCAGAAUUUGAGAUGAUUACUUCAAGUCUUUUUUUCCCUCGGUAACGUCUGAAUCGACCAGUCAUUAAUGCCGUCCAGUGACGUCACUACUCCGUUGCUUUAAUUCAUGCAAAAAGUAAAAUACGAUUUUCAAUUGGCAAACAAAGUCUAUAUGAUAAAGAAUCACUUUACUCUUUAUUAUUGUAAUUCAUGUUUAACGUGUAAAUUAACUGUCAACUGCAUGCAGUACUCUGAAUGAAUCUCUUGUAAUUCAAUAAUCAAACCAGAUAGAAAUCAUGCAAUGAAUUAAGCUUAAAUACACACAAGGAACACUUAAAAAAAACACAACAAUUUGCUUUAACUGAAAAUUAAGAAGCUAUUUGGUCAUUAACGAAGAAGAAAGAAAACAUGAAAGAAAAGCUAACAAAAUCAUUUCACGACAAGAAGGUAGAAUUAUAACUUGAAUCCCAGGAAACUUCGCACAAACAAAGUCACCGCCAUAACUACAAAGUGGCUCUAAAUGAAAAACCUACAGACUCUCCACAAUGAUUCUUCAUUCGUAGUUCAAUUUAACAAUUCAUAGUUUCAAAGACAAGGGCAAUUUUGCUGUUUAAUAAAGAUUGUCGAAAUUUUUUAACUCCAUGCAAGGAUGCCAGGCAUGCGAUCAGCUGAAUAUCAAACUGCAAUCCCGCUAAAAUUUCUCAUAAUUAUGCGAAUGAUUGGAUAAUCAAACAAUCAAAAUCACUACCCGGUUUUAAGGUAGUGAUGUCACUGGACGACACUAACGGCCAGUUGAUUCAGACGAUGCUGAGAGGAGGAAACAACUCGAAGUAAUCAUCUGAAAUUCAGGCUACUCACUUUUUUGUUACAUUUCUAUGCCAUCACUGCCUUACUACGACGUUGCCUAAUUUUGCCUUUUUUCAACAACGUAAACAACAGGUAAUACAUAUUAUCAUUCAAUGCAAAUUUUUCUUCUCUUUCAUUGGCCAAGAGCCUCCCAUGUGACUUGUCAAUAAAUGCCCACAAAUAAUGGUCUGCUCAUGUGCAGUGUUGUUCAACUUUGUUUGGCUGCAAAUAAUAUUCUGCUCAUUCGUAAAUGAAACCACGCUUUUCUCCUUCUUGCUAUCUCUCUUGCAUGAAAAUGGCAGAUACUCAUUAAAAAAGAAAUACGGUGACCAAAUGAUAAAACACUUAUUGAACUCGGUUAUCGCAAAAUAUUGUGAUUUGUCUGUGUCUGGAAAAUCAAUUAUUUGCCUCAGCCUUUGGCUUCCACAAAUAAUUGAUCUCGCCACCGACAAAUCAUGAUAUUUUGCUCAACUUCGUCCAGUAAUUGUUAAUUAUUUUAUCGUAUUAGAAAGUGAGUGGUAUUUAUAGUGUAUGCAAUCCUUUCAUUGGUAAAUGUACUAAAAUGUACACCUGAUGGAGCUUUGUUUGACAGGCUUCAUGAGUGUGCCUGCACAUUUAUUUCAAGUGAUAGAGUUAAGGGAAUCAGUUAACUUAACUCUGUUGAUUUAAUUGCGGUCUCUUUCGACAUUUUUUAAUCCCAGGUGGACUGUGUAGAUGCUUGCCCAAAGCGUAGAAAGAAGGAGGUUGGAGACAUCAAGGACAUCAUUAAAAACAGAAUGAAGACUCUAAAUAUCCUUGAAAUUGAACGUAAGUUACUCCACAAUUGGAGUUUAACCCAAACCAGCAGAUAAAGGGAACUGGGAUGUGAUAUAAGGCAGGGCCCAGUUGUUAAAUGGCAGAUAACGCUGUCUAGUAGACAAAUAAAUCUCUAUCCAGUGGAUAUGGUUUCCGUAAUACUUAGGGUGCUUUCCAGAAGUCAGAACAGGCCGGCCGGACCUGUCAUAUUGACAAAGCAGUAUAGCUUUUUCCAAGAGUUUUUGUUGAAAAGCCACCGCCUUCAUGCACACUAUUUAGGAUUUGACUAAUGUGGCUGGAUAGCUUUGAUUAAAAGUGAAAUUGUCAUUAUGACGGGAAUGGUCUGGCCGGUCAGUUCUGACAAAUGGAAAGCGCCUUAAGGCAAGAAAUUUAUUUAUACCACACACCAACAAAAAGACGUUAAAGAAAGGUAAUGCUAAUUAUGUAAGGUACAAGCCACUUUGAAAAUAGCUCAAAAGCUAACCUAGCUAGGAGGCACAAGUAUAAAACAAUGUAAAAAAAACCCCAACAAACAAAGAAAGGAAAAGAGAAAAGAAACACACGCACAGAUGAACCACUGAAGAAUUGAGGAACUGGAGAAAAUAUUGGAAGAGAAAGAACUUAAUAUGAAAUGAAAAUAGCCUUCUUCAACGACUGUUUACAGUAUUGCAAAGAGUAAGACACUUAAGAGAUUCUUCAAUAUUAUUCCAAGGAACAGCUCCCUUAAAGCGAAUAUUAAAUUUGCUACAAUUUGUCCUCACCAAAAGAAUGCAAAACGUAUCAGCUGGAUAGUGUUUUAACAACCGGGGCCACAUUAUCAAAGGAAUUAUGAGCGAAAUACCUCUGCCAAUCAAAUAUAAAAUUUAAUUUUCAGCAAACAGCAGAGAUUUUUUCCCAAAUUGUUGUGUGUUUUUCAAUGUUUCUGUGCUAAACACAGAGCUAACCUUACACCUGAAGUAAACGAGUCAUUUCCUGGGUAUGCUACGUGUAUUUUCUUGCUUGGUUCUUUGUAGCUGACAUGGAGCAGAGACCAGGGAAUUCAUAUGUGAUAGUCAACCCCCCACCGGAAUUUGAGUUGAAGGCAGGCGAUAUCAUGUAAGUAGGUCGAGGUUAAAACGAUAGGAGAACUGGCUGGAUGGUCAAAACAGUGGCCAUGACGCGGUGGCUUAUAGAUCGAGGUGGCCACUUUUUUAAAAAUACAGGGCCACUUAAUGGAGGACCAACUGGAUUUCUCUUGUCUAAUAUUACAAAAGCGACUGGAAUCUCACCAUAUUAUUUCCUUAAAGGCAUCAUGUUUUUUCCACUGCUAGGAUAUGCUAGUAUACAGUGAAUCUUGGAUGGAUCAUGUGCACUGGCCUGAAUGAGCAUUAAAAAUAGAUUCCAUAUUGCCGUGUGUCUGUUCAGUGAUAGAUCACAGAUGAUGUCAAAAUGUGGUAAAAACAAGGAAGUGACACUUUUACCAUAUUUUGACGUCUUCUGUGAUCUAUUACUGAACAGACCCACAGCAACAUGGAAUCUAUUAGUUUUGUUUUGUACACUGAUUAGAAAAGUAAAAAGACGGAUACACAUACCUGCAUCAUACCGCUUGACUGUUUGAGGAUUUGUGCUAAUUUAGGCAUUUUUUAAGUCCCAAAUGCUACUUUUCGUCUCGGCUUCUUCUUUUCGUCAUCCUACUUGUGUACAGUUUUUUCGAAAAGUUUUUAAUCGUCUUUACUUGCUCAAUGUAGAAUAAUGACGAAAACAUUUUGCAAAGCAGCGAGUCUGUCGUAGCGAUGACACACGAUAGCAACUGUUGUGAAGAUUCCUUGCAGUUUAGGCGUUCUCAAGUUGUUAAAACUCUUUUUGUCUCCGUUUCUCCAUUUUUCUUCUUUGUAUUGGAAUAGUUCCUGCUAAGCUUUUUACAAGGCUUUCACUUUCUUAAUCUAAAAUUAUCUCACAAACAUUUUCAAAACCAGGCACCAUGUUGAACAAAACAAAGAGAACAAGUUUCCCAUGACAUCAGAUCAUGGGCAACCACCAAUCACAACACGUGUAGCUUUCACAUCAUUGUAUAACAAGUAAUAGGUCUGUUUACAUCUAUAAAUCAAUGCAUUCAUCAUUCCACAUUGUUGAAGGUAGCGUGAUCUGUCGUUCUUGAGACUAGUAGUAUGCCAUUUAUCUUACCCUUUAGCCUCUGUCUAAAUCUCAUCUCCAAAUUAGCAAUCUCAUCAUUAUACCAAUUAAGGCAUGUUUGAAUGUAGCGUGACUUUUUAUGUCUCACUGGAGCCACUUGAUCCAACCUCAUAAUUUUUCCAAAACUAAACUAAUUCUUCAGGAGUUUUGUUUUCUUCAUCAAAAUGCAUGGUAGUCUCCUUCACAGCCGUUGUUAGGGUUGUCACACAACGCUUGUCGCAUCAUGACCCUAAAAACGGCUGCAAAGGAGACUAAAUGCAUGGGGGUGGGGUGAUUUUUUGCAGCCUGAAGUGAACGAACAUGAUUAAAGAAAUCUCAGGGAGUUAUCUCUCCUGUUGGACUGUACAGAGACCAAUUUCAAGGGGCAAGAAGAGAUACAGCUGAACUUAAUCUCCAAAGGGACAAUUUGAGAUCAUAAGAUUUAGUGGUCGAGUAAUCAAAAAGUGGGUCUCAUCUGAGAAGAAGUCCCAACACAUCUAAUUAUAGAAGAUAAUUUAUUGCAUACCCUGAAUCUCAAAGUUACUCAUAAUGGUUCAGUGUUGUCUCUGAAAGUUGGGAGACCCCAUCAUGUGUCAUUAAUUUAGUGGUCUCUUAUGAGAGGGAAAAGACAAUGGAAAAUAAAAAACCAUCAGGCCAAUUAAGUGGUCGCAGUCGCCUAUGAGAGGUGGUCUUUUAACAAGAGGUGCAACUCAUCUCUGGGGUAGUAUAAUUUAUUACUCACAGCUCAUGUAAAACAAAGAAAACAAAACAUCCUUAACAAUGAACCUAACCCUGACAAUAAACCAUUAAACAAAGAAAACAAAUAAGUUAAUAUAUUACACUGACCCAGAGGUGCUGAUUAUUGGGAUUUGACUUGGAAAAUGUUGGUGUAUGGAAAUAAGGUCACUUUUGCGAGGUGGUUGCUUAUAAUUGGCACAUGCAGGUUGCACAUGGAGGUUCGACCAAAUAUUAUUGGAGAACAAGACUUAAAGGGGCUCCCUCUUUUGAAUCAUACAUUGAAAAUGUGUUAUUUUUCUUGUAGUUACCUGAUUCGCCCAUGCAAUGCGCAUGAGGAGCAGAAUUCAACAGAUCCUGAGAUUAUGGUACCCAAAAGUGAUAUCGAAGACUUGCACCAUACAUCUCUGUAAAUGAAUCACAACAGGUGUUCCACAGAAAAGUGGCCUUGCCACAGCAUUCUUUAGAACAGGUGCUUCUAGGUUACAGAACCGUACAAUGCAACCGGCGGCUGAGUUGGUGUUUCUCUCCAAACACAACAAGAUAGAAGGAAGCUGACAGAAGCUGUAAGAAUAACAGCAUGAGUUCGUUAAUUGUUAUUACUUGCCAAAGAGACUAACUUUGAAAACCAAGAUAAGAUUCAUUGGUUGAACACUUGGGAGAGGAGUCCCUGAAGCUGGGUACUUAAUUGUGCUGCAAGUGGAGAAUUCGUUGAACAGUAAGAUAAUAAUUAUGUGAAACAGAACUAGCCUCGAAGAAAUACUCAUCGCAUGUCACUUGAUUGGAUGUUCUUUACUGUGACAUCAAGGUUUUAUCAUUGACCAACUGAGUGAUCAUGUUUCACCAACAGAUGCAUGAGCCCUUUCUGUUUAUCAAUAAUAGAAUUCAGAUAAAUUAUUUAUAAUAAUAGAUUGAUGAUUCUUUAACUAACAGUAAGUUAUGGAACAUGGUGCAGUAAUGCUCAUGCGAUCAUGUUUUAGAAUCAAUUUUGUAAAACCAUGGUAAUAAUUAAACUUUCAACAAGCAGAAAUACGUCUGCGUUUGCAGGCUAAAAAUAGUUGAAUUUAAAGUAAACCAAGAAGGAGGAAUACCUUAAUCAACAUCUUGCAUGUGUCCCUAGGGUCCUCAAUCACUAGUGUUAAGUCCCCUUCUAAUGAGUAUUAGUUAAUCUUUACAGCAUGAUCAAAUUAGAGAUUAUUGAUUGCCUGUCAGCGUUCUGCUUAUUAGGUGGUAAUCAGUAAAAUUUACGACCUGAAGCAACACUUCUCACCACUUGAAGGUUUACUAAAAUUAAAAAAAAAAAGAAUUAUUAAUAUAUAUGGGAGAGUACCAAAACACACAGCUCUCCUUUUUAUGGGCCACUCAUUUUGAAAGGAAAACAUUGAAGACAGCGUAAAAUUAUUGUAAUCAAACGUUUUUAAAAAUUGUUGUUUAAAAAUAACAGCGGCCGAUUUGUGUAAAAUAGGUCUUUAAAUGAGGGAAUGACAUUUCAGUGAACUUAGCGCCUAAAUUUCCCAGCUAGUGUGCCUUACUGGCCAUGAAUGGUCCCUUACUUGCUAAGCUAAAAUUUAGAGAGAACACUGGCUGUGCUUGCCAGGUGCAGAUCUAGGGGGGAUUACUGACUUCUGUUGAAAAUAGCCAGUUUUUUGAGAAAGUAACAAUAAUUAUAUUGCCCAUUCAAGGGCACAGAACCGUACCUUGGGUGCCAAGAGAGGGUUUUUUCUUUCUUAUUUUUUUAUCAAAAUAUCAUAUGCACAGGUAUUUCACCUUCGGCAUUUUAAGAAUGGACCUCCACAGCCUCACUGUUAUUGUUUGUGCUUUUUAUUGCCAGGAUUUCCCAUUUUUCUUCAGAGGGUGUGAAGUUAUCAAUUAUCAUUUAGGUUAUGCUGUAUGUUUCUUCCA